AUGAACGACGGCGAUGUAUCGAAGCAGAUCCAGCAGAUGGUCCGUUUCAUACGGCAAGAAGCUGAAGAGAAGGCAAACGAGAUAUCCGUCUCCGCCGAAGAAGAGUUCAACAUUGAGAAGUUGCAGCUUGUGGAAACGGAGAAGAAGAAAAUCAGACAGGAGUUUGAGCGCAAAGAUAAACAAGUCCAAGUCCGAAAGAAAAUCGAGUACUCCAUGCAGCUUAAUGCAUCUCGAAUCAAAGUUCUUCAAGCUCAGGAUGAUUUGGUCAGCUCCAUGAAGGAGGCUGCAUCGAAAGAGCUCUUGCACGUGAGCCAUCAUCAUGGAAGCUAUAAACAUCUCCUGAAAGAUCUUAUUUUUCAGAGUUUGCUCAGGCUGAAAGAGCCAUCUGUCUUAUUGCGCUGCCGUAAAGAGGACGUGCACUUGGUGAAUUCUGUCUUGCAUUCAGCAAAGGAGGAGUAUGCUGAGAAGGCAAACGUUUAUCCACCUGAGAUCAUAGUUGAUAAUGUGCACCUGCCACCUGCUCCUUCCCAUCACAAUGCACACGGACCUUUCUGUUCUGGUGGUGUAGUGUUGGCCUCUAGGGAUGGGAAAAUCGUGUGCGAGAACACUCUUGACGCUAGAUUGGAUGUUGUGUUCCGUAAAAAACUGCCUGAGAUACGCAAAUCGCUAUUUGGUCAGGUUGCUGCCUGA